GCGGCGUAGAGCGCUUUAAGCCAGAGGGGUUUGAUGGUUUUCUAUCAGUCUUCCUAGACUAGAGGUUUCACAACAGAGCACUUAUUCCUUUCAUCAACCGGGUUCUCGCGAGACUUGCUACUCUGCUCACCCCCCCCCCAGCUUUGCGCCUGCGCAGAUCUCUUCAAACCAGAAGGUCGCGGUUGGAGGAAGUGGCGGCUUUAGGUCCCGUGGCCUCAGCGCCCUUACUACUUCAGUGAAGCUCCUCUCGGCUGCUUGCCGAGACACCCCACAGCCAAGAUGCCUCGAAUUAUGAUCAAGGGGGGCGUAUGGAGGAAUACCGAGGAUGAAAUUCUGAAAGCAGCAGUAAUGAAAUAUGGAAAAAACCAGUGGUCUAGGAUUGCCUCACUGCUGCAUAGAAAAUCAGCAAAGCAGUGCAAAGCCAGAUGGUACGAGUGGCUGGAUCCAAGCAUUAAGAAAACAGAAUGGUCCAGAGAAGAAGAAGAAAAACUCUUACACUUGGCCAAGUUGAUGCCAACUCAGUGGAGGACCAUUGCACCAAUCAUCGGAAGAACAGCUGCCCAGUGCUUGGAACACUAUGAGUUUCUUUUGGAUAAAGCUGCACAGAGAGACAAUGAAGAGGAAACAACAGAUGAUCCACGAAAACUUAAACCUGGAGAAAUAGAUCCAAAUCCAGAAACAAAACCAGCAAGGCCUGAUCCAAUUGAUAUGGAUGAGGAUGAACUUGAGAUGCUUUCUGAAGCUAGAGCCCGCCUGGCAAAUACUCAGGGAAAGAAAGCCAAGAGGAAAGCAAGAGAGAAGCAGUUGGAAGAAGCAAGGCGCCUUGCAGCCCUCCAGAAGAGAAGAGAACUUCGAGCAGCUGGUAUAGAAAUUCAGAAGAAGAGAAAAAAGAAGAGAGGAGUUGAUUAUAAUGCUGAAAUCCCGUUUGAAAAAAAGCCUGCUCUUGGUUUCUAUGAUACUUCUGAGGAAAACUACCAGGCUCUUGAUGCAGAUUUCAGAAAAUUAAGACAACAGGAUCUUGAUGGGGAACUAAGAUCUGAAAAAGAAGGAAGAGACAGAAAAAAAGACAAGCAACAUUUGAAAAGGAAAAAAGAAUCUGAUCUGCCAUCAGCUAUUCUUCAGACUAGUGGUGUUUCUGAAUUUACUAAAAAGAGAAGCAAACUAGUACUUCCUGCCCCUCAGAUUUCAGAUGCAGAACUCCAGGAGGUUGUGAAAGUAGGCCAAGCAAGUGAAAUUGCACGUCAGACUGCUGAGGAAUCUGGCAUAACAAACUCUGCCUCCAGUACUCUUUUGUCUGAGUACAAUGUCACCAACAACAGCAUCGCUCUUAGAACACCUCGCACACCAGCUUCCCAGGAUAGAAUUCUGCAGGAAGCUCAGAACCUCAUGGCCCUGACCAAUGUGGACACUCCAUUAAAAGGUGGACUUAAUACCCCUUUGCACGAGAGUGACUUCUCAGGUGUGACUCCACAGCGGCAGGUUGUACAGACUCCAAACACAGUUCUUUCUACCCCAUUCAGGACUCCUUCUCAUGGAUCUGAAGGGUUGACUCCCCGCAGUGGGACAACUCCCAAACCAGUUAUUAACUCCACCCCAGGUAGAACUCCUCUUCGAGACAAGUUAAACAUUAAUCCUGAGGAUGGAAUGGCAGACUACAGUGACCCCUCUUACGUGAAGCAGAUGGAAAGAGAAUCUCGUGAACAUCUCCGUUUAGGGUUGUUGGGCCUUCCUGCCCCUAAGAAUGACUUUGAAAUUGUUCUGCCAGAAAAUGCUGAGAAGGAGCUGGAAGACCGUGAAAUAGAUGAUACUUAUAUUGAAGAUGCUGCUGAUGUGGAUGCACGAAAGCAGGCUAUACGAGAGGCAGAGCGUGUAAAGGAAAUGAAACGAAUGCACAAAGCUGUCCAGAAAGAUCUGCCAAGACCAUCAGAAGUAAAUGAAACUAUUCUAAGGCCCCUAAAUGUAGAACCACCUCUAACAGAUUUACAAAAAAGUGAAGAACUCAUCAAAAAAGAAAUGAUCACAAUGCUUCAUUAUGACCUUCUACAUCACCCUUAUGAACCAUCUGGAAAUAAAAAAGGAAAAACUGUAGGAUUUGGUACUAAUAAUUCAGAACACAUUGCCUAUCUGGAACAUAAUCCUUAUGAAAAAUUUUCCAAAGAAGAGCUGAAAAAGGCCCAGGACGUUCUGGUACAGGAGAUGGAAGUGGUCAAACAAGGUAUGAGCCACGGAGAACUCUCAAGUGAAGCUUAUAACCAGGUGUGGGAAGAAUGCUACAGUCAAGUUUUGUAUCUUCCUGGGCAGAGCCGCUACACACGGGCAAACCUAGCUAGCAAAAAGGACAGGAUUGAGUCACUUGAAAAGAGGCUUGAGAUAAACAGGGGUCACAUGACAACGGAAGCUAAGAGAGCUGCAAAGAUGGAGAAGAAGAUGAAAAUUUUGCUUGGGGGUUACCAGUCUCGUGCUAUGGGGCUCAUGAAACAGUUGAAUGACUUAUGGGACCAAAUUGAGCAGGCUCAUUUGGAGUUACGCACUUUUGAAGAACUCAAGAAACAUGAAGAUUCUGCUAUUCCCCGGAGGCUAGAGUGUCUAAAAGAAGAUGUUCAGCGACAACAGGAAAGAGAAAAAGAACUUCAGCAUAGAUAUGCUGACUUGCUGCUGGAGAAGGAGACUUUAAAGUCCAAAUUCUGAAGCAUAGUUUAUAUUCUGUCACAAGAUGAAUUAAUUGCUGGUUUUCAUACUCUGGAAGGCUGAAACUGAUGAUUAUCUUCAUUGACAAAUUUACCCACAAUCUGGUUUUUCAGUUGUUUGUUUUAAAUGAUAUCAAUCUUACACAGUCUAUGUAUAAAGACUUUAACUCCACAGGACAUUUUAGGGUUUAAAUUAUUAAGAUGAUCAUUCUUUUAGCAGUGUCAUAUUUGCAAAAUUUUUUUAGUUUUGGCCUUUAAUUUUAAAAGCCUGAUUUUAAAGUGCUGCCUGUGAGUAAACUCUUGAAUAAAAACAAAAU